AUAAUUCUUGUUAACCGCCUGCCAAGCGACGAACAUUCGAUUCAUCACCAUCAAAGAACCAUGGGGCCCGCACGGAUGGCGAAAUAUUGUGCAUAUUCCCGAUAUAAACAGAAGAAUCUCCGAGACAUGGCUUCUCCAGCAACUGACGAGGGGGAGCUGUGGUGUUUAUCACAAUGUCUUGGUAAACCGCUCCCCGCCCGGCCUUUCAAAGGAAAUCAAGAGACCUUAGAGACCGGAUUAUUUAAACAAGGGUGGCAAACCUGGGUGAACCACGAUGGCGGGAGCUAGGGGGAGAGAUGCUCUCCCUACUCCCUACUCCGUAGUUAUUUACUCCGUACAGAGGAAACAGAACAAUGACAGGGGGGUCAUGCGAUCCCCGUCCGGCGAUGAUUCGAUAUUUAAUGCGCGCGUGUGCUUUGAGGGUGUUUUGGUGAUUGAAGUCAGAACUAAGGCAGAACUAACGCGGUUCUUUCACGCUUUAUUCAAAGCUUCAUUCGUGCCUAUGAUUGCCCUGCCCACACUCCUGGCAUACGGGCGAACUUGUCAUCGCAUCACAAAGCCAAGGGGGGCCUCUCGUUGAAAAUGGUUUAUUUACCGUAAGACAUAGCCCUAGACACACACACUGAAUCUCAAUAUCUCGUCCACCGUGAGACUAUAUCUACGGCUCUUCUCUACCGACUAGUAGACAAUCUGACCCCAGGAAAUAUAUAUAACUGGAGCAACCUGGGAACCCCUUUGACAAAAUAAACAAGUUUUCAAUCAUCAACCUAUUUACCUGCCAGCCAGGGGAAGCGCCCCGCUUGCACUUUAAGGAUUUGCUGCAUUUUUCAUUUGGUUCUGAAUGAAGUCCAUGCAUGCGUUCUGUGCUCACUACAAACAAACCAUCAUUCCUCUUAUCAUCGUCGUUUUUGCUACAUGAUUUCCAGGAGGCAUCAGAGUAACCCAUAAUGAUACUCCAACUGUACCGUCUACCCACCACAAGUCUGUCACUUCUUUUAACGUCUUCUCAUACCAAUUGGCGAAUAUCUCUUAUGGCUGCGGCGCCCUUUAGCGCCCACAAUGUCCAGUGAUUGCCUUUCAAAUGUGUACGUCAAAAGGGUUGUGUCUUCUCGCCUCCAACAUGGAGUACGUGCGCUCGAUUUUGCGGCAAAACAUACCAAAUUGAAACAUGUCAGUUUGUCCAGAUUGACAACGAUACCAUCCAUGCAGACCUCAACCUGGCUAAUAAAUGUGUUGAUACACAAUGGCAGGUUAUCUGGGUUUUGCUUAAUUGGGGGUUCGCGGGUUGGCACCCUAAGUAUUAGGAAUAUACCAAGCCAUGUUAACUAACUACAUGGUGUUCAAAUGGCGACUGUGGGCUGGAGACGAUGGAAAAGAUUGUUCCCUCAAUAUCCUGUUGAACUUGUAAGUUGGACGGGUAUUUCAAACCAAUACCCUAUACAGAGGCUAUCUCUUCUGAUCCGUAUUUUUACUGUACGAAGUGUUUUAAACUAUCCAAUGGUAAGCGGUUAGUUCCCUAAUUCCAUGACUUGACCGUUCGCGUUUCCUUUCUUUUGGAAACAUAUCCCUAUGAAUACCAGUCGUCCUGCUGAGAUUCUUUGGCGACACGGUCACUGGCUGCUAAGGGAUGAUACCCCAAUUCUGAAUCUGCAAUGGAGGCGUGCUUCAAGUAUGAGUGAUAAGUGCUGAUAUUAACCGCCAGAGAGAGAGUGUUCAGAGUGUUCAGGGUGGGGUGGAGAAGUUUGAUUUUUCUAGUUAAAAACACGGAGUGGAAAGCAGAAACCAAAAACCGCGACAGCAAUAGUUCAUUACGUGCAUACCCUCAUUUCCUGUUCAGUUCACGUAUAAUUGUAUCUCUCAACGGCUAGAAGAGGCGAGAAAACGAAUAAUGGGAUCGGGUGACGGAAAUACCUUGGUAGCCU